AUGGCUAUCAAGAGGGUUAAUUUAGUUCUUCUUGUCACACUCAUUGUUCUUAUUAUAGGUUGCAAUAAUAUGGCUGAUGCAUCAGUAUGUUGCCAGGAUCAUCCAGAGGUCGGUCCAUGUGUACCUGGUGUAACUGAUAAUCCAGAUAAUGAUGGCAAAUGUUGGACGUUCUGUGUCAAUGAGUGUGAGCUCGGAGGAACUUGCAAAUUAGUUGAAAAUAAACACGUUUGUCACUGCCGUUGUUCUUUAUAA